UCAACAUUCAGCAAGCAAGAUGAGCCGGGAGGCGAAGAAGCGGAUUCUGCAACAGGCAGCCGAGUUCCUUGCUCAGCAGGAGCAAGGUGGCAGUGUUGGUGAUGCCGCAGAAGAGUGCCCUGGAAGCGAAGAGUGCUGGACGAUCUGCGCCAAGCUGGAAGCAGCUGCGAGAGGAAAGACCGAUCCGCAGAGUGUCGACGCGCCCAGUAUCCGAGAGUUGCUGCCUUGUGCACCGCCCCCAGCAAAGCCAGCGUCAGAGGAGCCAAGCAGGUUCAAGUGGAAGACGAGCCUUGAUGAGAAGUUUGAGUUCGACUUUUACAAAGCCAUCCCUCGCAAGCGCAUCGACAACCUGUCAUGGGGCAGCGGCGUCAGGGGCGUGCAGCGUUCUUCUGCAGGAUCAGAGGGUGUAUUCUUUGUUGCGUUUCGAGACACGGAUGAAGCUGUCGUCAUCAAGGGGUCACGCAACAUUGCUGCGGAGGCGUUUGCGGGCUUUCUCGCCCUCAAACUUGGCCUCAAGUCUCCAGACUUCCGCAUCAUCUCCGUCGCCGCACGGGAGGCGCAGGCAAUGAUGCACACGUUCCGCGAAGUCGACCACCUCGGCCUUGCUCAUGCCGUUCUCAGCAAGCAGUCUUUCCUGUUAAUCAAGAACUUUGUGCGGGGCGUCAACCUCGGCCAAGUGAAGGAGGCUGACCUCAUCAAAGUGUUUGGAGAGCCCGGUGCCUUCACGGAUGGUGGUCGCGAGCGCUUCAAGGAGUUGGCGGCGCUUCUUCUCCUCGACGUCCUCUGCAACAACGGUGACCGCUUUCCGCUCAUUUGGGACAACCGUGGCAACCCAGGCAACGUCAUGUUUGCACGCAGCAACGGGCAGGUCAUUGCCAUCGACAAUAACAUUUGCGCCGUGGACGAGGCCACAUAUGCGGAUCAACACCGCGAGUACCUCAGCAAGGUGGAGAACCUGAUUCAUCUGACAGCGCGGCACACUGAUGAGGGCACGGAGGCGCCCCAGUUCCACCGCGUGCGCGACAAAGUGAUUGAGUACUGCAACUACGACUAUGGCCUGGACGGCUCGCUCCUCAUACAGCAAGAAUUCCUUCACCUGGUGCAAGAUGUGCCGGAUGACUGGCUGACAGAGGACGAGUUGGCACAUUGGGUGGCUGCGCUCUCCAACUUCACGCCGCCGCUUGUUGGCAUCCACGCCGUCAGCGCCAAGUUUGUCAUGGCUGUCUGGAACACCCUUAGGGAGAGCGCGCAGGCAUAAAAGGACACAGCCAUCCGCGCACCGGGCGCUGCCAUGCCAUCCUCGCAGUCCCCACCAUCACGUAGUUGAAACCAUCACCACACCCUGCCUCCAAUUGCGUCGAACACACUGCCUCCUCCUUGUUCUCCUCAUCCUCUCUCCUGGCGCCAUACGGCCUGAAAUUGUGUUGCGCGUUGUUAUCCUUUUAAGAAACAGUCCUACAUCAUGGCACAGCGCAGCGAAACAU